CUUCAGGAACAUGUCGAUUAGUCAACCGUAUCUCGUGAAUAUUUUAUGAUGUAAUAAGGACUUGAGUAAUAUGCCAAUAUAUAGAAGCAAAUGAGCAUGAAAUGACUGGAAAUCAUUUUCUUGAUAGUUUCUUGGCGAUAUUUUCAUUAAUUAAACAAAAAAGAUCGCAAGGAACGUAACUUACAAAACUAAAUAUCAAAGAUUUAAUUAUGUCAUUGAAAGAUCUAACUUCUAAAUUGUUUGCUAACAAUACGCAAGCAAUCAAUAAUGCAACACUAAAUGGCAAAGCCAAAGAGGUAACAGCCAAAGCUCUUAUUGUUACAGGUGUGACCAAUACAGUUAUUCUACUGGUUUUGUUGUUGAUAUUUUCACUUCUUCGUAACAAAUUUCCUCGUGUGUUUACCCCUCGACUGCUUCUAAAUGGCUAUGACUCUUCAAUCGGAACGCUGCCAAGUAGUUUGUUUGGUUGGGUGAUACCGUCAUUGAAACUUGAAGAUGAGACAAUUCUGAGAUUGCUCGGACUUGAUGCAUUGAUGUUCCUGCGUGUUUUGCGUUUGUGCUUUAUAUUCAGUCUCAUUAUUUUACCUUAUGGUUUUGUCGUUACAAUACCUGCGAAUUUAUACGGUGGAGUUUCACGUACUGAUCCAACCGUAGCUGGUUUAGAUCGCCUCACCAUGGGAAAUGUGGAGGCCAAAUCUGAUCUACUAUGGACUCAUUUCUUUGGUGUUUGGAUGUACACAAUCCUGAUAUUUUACUUUCUGUAUCAUGAGUGUGUAGCCUAUCAAAGAUUUCGACAGCUGAGCUUAAGUGAUGGAGAAAAAUACCCCAAUAAAUAUUUGGUCAUGUUGCAGGAUAUACCCAAAGAGCUUUGCAAUCAAGAGAAAAUGAAAACUUAUGUCAUGGAUCGUUUUCCCGAUCAGACAUUGGAUGUAUAUGUUCUUGAAGAUGAUGUGGAGUGGAUUAAACUGGUUGAAUUGCAUGAAGGUGCUCAAAAAAAUCUUGCUGCAAAUAAGUCAGAACUUGUGAAGACAGGCCAAAGGCCAGAACACAAAACGGAUAUGUUUGGCUUGACUGGUAAAUUAGUUGAUAGCAUAUCAUUUUAUGAAAAAGAAAUCCAGAAUCUGGAGAUGAAAUUUAAAAAUGAAAGCAGCAUUUCACAUGAAAAAUUACCGUAUUGCUUUGUUGCCUAUAAGUCAAUUCUCGAUGCAGCAGUUGCUGGAGAUGGACUUGCCUGGGAUCAUUACCCAGAUAAAAUGCUUGCUAGAAUUUGUCCUGGGCAUGAUGACAUUAUUUGGAGUAAUUUAAAAAGGGACAGACGAAUAAGGUGUAUCAUUUCGAUCGUGAUGGACACUGCUGUUCAGUUUUUAUUAAUUUUUUUCUGGGCAGUCCCAGUUGGAGUAGCAUCUGCCAUGGUUUCUUUUGAAAAUUUAGAGAAAGAAGUGCCCUUCUUAAAAAAUUUGGAAAAACUUGGUCCAGUUGUUACCGGAUUUAUCUCUGGUUUUUUAUCAACUGUUGUUGUGGUAGCAUUUUUUGCACUCUUGCCAAUGAUUCAGGCAUUUUUAUCGUAUGUAAAAGGAACUCGAACUUAUAGUUCAAUUCAGAAUGAUGUUUUGAAAAAAUUGUUUGUAUUCAAGAAGUCAACAUAUUUUCAGGUUCUUAAUCAAUUUGUAAUCUACAUUCUUGGAAGCUCAAUGUUAAACAGGCUUACUAAGAUUUUGGAUCAUCCAUCAGAUACAAAUGUGAUGGCUAAAGAAAUGCCCUCAGCAGCAAAUUUCUUUAUUAAUUUUAUUAUGUUACGAGCAACUACUAUUUAUGGAAUGCAGUUGCUGAGAAUUGUUCCUUUGAUUCUCAUUAACUUCAAGAGAAAAUUUCUUGUGAAAAGUUCAAUUGAAGAUAAAGAAUCCUGGGAACCUCCAGAAAUGUGGUAUUCUACUGAGUAUGCAGAAAUCUUGCUCGUGUUUACCAUUGCUCUUGCUUACUCAGUGCUCGCUCCAUUAGUUAUACCAUUUGCAGUGUUGUAUUUUGGUUUCGGUUAUGUCACAUGGAUGAAUCAAUUGUUGUUUGUUUACGUUCCUAAAUGGGAAGGAGAUGGUGAAAUGUGGCCAAUUGUGUUUCACCGAAUGAUGGUGUCCAUUGUUGUAUUUCUAGUCUUUAUGAUUGGUCUGUUUAGUUUAAAGCAGCAAGCAAUCAUACCACUUUUGAUAGUACCUCUAUUAGUGAUUUGUGUAAUAUUUUGGUAUUUUGUGACAAAAGCGUUUUCGAAACAAUCAGCUACUUUGACGUUUACAUCUGCAAUGAAAGUACGAGAUCUUAGCCCCGAAUUGAUUUUGGAAACAUUUCAGAAAUACAAAAGAAAUCAACAUAUUCCUGAUCUUUUGGUAAAUGAUCACGAAGAGGACGAAAGCAAAACGAAUAACGGGCUACAAUUAUCUGAAUCGACACCCGAUAGUGAAAAACAGAAUCUAUUGUCGAAUGAAGUCUUUUAAAACUGAGUUUCUCUAUGUUAAAAUAACGUGUGAUGUGUUGUCCUGCUUUAAUGAGAUUUCCUCAUUGAAGUCUUGUUUGAUAUUAAAUUAACAGCUAGUUCAUAGUUCCUGGAAUAUACACAUAUAUUUCACACACCCAGAUUAUAAAUACAAAUUUAAGUUUUUGCACGCACAGCUUUCACACACAAAGCUUUCACAUACAGAGAUUUUAACAACACAGCUUUUGGGUCAACAACACAAAGCUUUCACAUACAGAGAUUUUAACAACACAGCUUUUGCAUCAACAACACAAAGCUUUCACAUACAGAGAUUUUAACAACACAGCUUUUGCAUCAACAACACAAAGCUUUCACAUACAGAGAUUUUAACAACACAGCUUUUGCAUCAACAACACAAAGCUUUCACAUACAGAGAUUUUAACAACACAGCUUUUGCGUCAACAACACAAAGCUUUCACAUACAGAGAUUUUAACAACACAGCUUUUAGGUCAACAACAAAGCUUUCACAUAGACAGUUUUUCUCAUACACGGCUUUUCCCAUACAGAAAUUUUAAAUACACUUUAUCCAAAGAUUUCGCUUACUCAGCUUUCACUUACGACUUUUUCGUAGAGUGAUUUUAAAUCAGUACACUGCACAGCUUUCUCAUACAAAGAUUUUGCAUCAAAAGUUAUUUUUCAUGGAAAAUGUAACUCGAUUGAAGUUAGUAUAAUAGAAUUUUUAACAUGUGUUGAUGAAUAUGAAAAUUUAGAAAUCAAAUGACAGUAAAUUUCAUUAUUUCCAAAUGAUUUGUGUACAUCGCAUGAGUUGAAAACAAUUUAUUUAUCAGUGUUUAAUGUGAUAUGACAUUUGUAGUGUUGGGGUAUUAUUUAUAGCCUUUAUAUUUCAUCCUCUUAUAUAGAAUAUAAGAUUGUUCCGAACUUUCUAUAAAGCCAUUCGUAAGGUCUUGUAAAUUGCAUUAAAAUUCAAAAUGGUUCUUUGAA